CUCCUCCUCCUCGGCCCCGCCCCGAGGCGGGCAAUCCCGGGCCUCCCUGGGUCGGGAGCAGGGCUGGGGCUGGAUCUGGAUCAUGGCGCCGCUGCGGGACUGCCAGGCCUGGAAGGAUGCUGGACUUGCUCUAUCCACGACUAGUAAUGAGGCUUGCAAGAUGUUUGAUGCCAUACUGACUCAGUAUGCAACAUGGACCAAUGAUAUGAGCCUGGGAGGCAUUGAGGGAUGUCUCGCCAAGUUAAAAGCAGCAGAUCCAAAUUUUACAAUGGGACAUGUGAUUGCUAAUGGCUUGGCUCUGGUUGGCACUGGGAGUUCAGUGCGGUUAGACAAAGAGCUGGACAGUGCAGUAAAGAAGAUGAUGGCUCUUUCAAAAUCACAGUUGUUGACCGAGAGGGAGAAACUACAUGUGUCUGCAUUAGAUUUGUAUGUCCGUGGGCAUCUUCCCCAAGCUUGUACAGUAUGGGAUCAGAUUCUCCAGGACCAUCCAACUGACAUGCUAGCACUCAAAUUCUCCCAGGGCACUUAUUUUUACCUGGGCCACCAUAUACAAAUGCGAGACUCUGUUGCCCGGGUUUAUCCUCACUGGACACCUGAUAUUCCUCUGAGCAGCUAUGUGAAAGGCAUUUUCUCUUUUGGACUCCUGGAAACUAACAUGUUUGAUCACGCUGAAAAGCUUGCCAAUGAGGCUUUAUCUAUAAAUCAGACAGAUGCAUGGUCUGUCCAUACCAUAGCGCAUAUAAAUGAAAUGAAAGUAAACUUGAAUAAUGGACUGACAUUUAUGAAGCAAACUGAAACCAACUGGAAGGAUGCUAUGGUUGCUGGUCAUAAUUAUUGGCACUGGGCUCUGUAUUUCAUUGAAAAGGGCGACUACGAGGCUGCUUUGACGAUUUAUGAUAAUCAUAUUGGUCCCAGGUGUAGGACAAGUGGAACUCUGCUAGAUGUGGUUGAUAACUGCUCUAUGCUGUACCGGCUUCAGCUAGAAGGGAUAAAGCUGGGAAAUAGGUGGAAUGAAGUUCUGCAGCUGACAAAGAAGCACACCAAAGAUCACGUUCUACUUUUCAGUGAUGUCCACAUUUUGAUGUCUACGCUAGGAGCUAAAGACCACAAAUCCACCAGUGAGCUCUUAACAACUCUCCAGGAACUUGCCAAGAAUCCUGGUGAAGACUACGAGCUUGGCCUGGUUCCGAAUCUGGGAUUGCCCCUUUGUCAAGCUUUUGUAGAAUUUGACAAUGAAAAUUAUGACAAGGCAGUAGAACUGCUUUAUCCAGUUCGGUACCAGAUCCCACAGAUAGGUGGCAGCAAUGCUCAGAAAGAUAUCUUCAACCAGUUGUUGAUCCACGCAGCAAUGAAUUGUAAAUCUAAAACUUACCGGAAACUGGCUAGGUGCCUCUUGAUGGAACGUGAUGCGUUGAGACCAAAUUCACCAUUGACUGAGCGGCUUAUUCGGAAAGCAUCAGCUGUUCAUGCAAUGACUUGAAUCUCUGUCAUUCAAAUGAAAUCAUGAUUAGCACUGUUAAUCAAUAGCUUCCCAUGGAAUUAAAGGAAUCAAAUUGGAGGGAAUUAUUGCCUUAUAAGCCAUGCCAGAUCUCCUGCUUGCCUGAACUUUGGAAUGCUUUUGUUGGUGAUUCAGCAUUGCUGCUUAACUUCCUGCAGCAUCUCCAGUCCUAACAAGAAGUUGGCUUAGUUGUGCCUGGGAAAAGGCAGCAGUAGCAGGAAAAGUAGAGAUCUAUCAAUCUUUGUUUACAACCUGAUGAGCCAUUGCUUUCUAGAAAUGUGGAUGGGUUUUAUGCUGUUUGGGUUGCGGGAUAACAUUUUUAUGCUGUUUGGGCUGUGGGAUAACAGGCUGUCAAAUUAUUCAGUGCGUUUGCUAUUCUCAUCCAUAAAUAGGAAAGGGAGGAAAUUUGAACUGUUUUUCACAAAAAUACAACAUCAUGUGGGAUAUAUUAGAGAAGGCUGGGUGGUGCCAGAGUUCUAGGAAAUGGACAAGAUUACAUUAACCCACAGUCACAUCUCAGCACAAAAUUAUGAGCCAAAAUCUUGCCCUUUUUUUGGCCUCACAGAACCUCUGUUUCUAGUGGAAACAGGACUUGGAAGCCAUAUACAUCCCUCAAGUUCUGCCCCAUGUGCAUAGAAUGGUGGGGGGAAGCAGGGAUGAGAUCUGAACCUGUGGAUGCUUGUUGUACUAGACCCACUGGUGGCCUUGUAAGGAGAACCACUAGCCAAAUGGUACUUAAAAUCCUGGACUUCUAAUAUGGUCCUGGGGGAGGUGGGAGAACCAGAACCCUCACAAUCCCAGCAUGCAGUCUUUUCUUCUUGGUCUGCAAGCUGGUCCCAGGAUUUGGCUUUCAGUUUUUCAGAGAUAUUUUACAUUGCUGUUUAUCUAAGAUUUUCUUUUCUUCUGUUACUCUAAAGAUUUUUCUUGGGUUUUAUAUUGCAUUUUAAUGAGGAUUUGAGAUUCAGGGUGAUUUUUAUCCUAAUAAUGCUGCAUAUUUUUAUAACAGCUCUAUCGGUGAGUAAUGAUAGUGGGGAACGGUAGUUACAGGUCUGUUGCCAAUGAAUUAAGCCUCAAUUUGAAUAUAUUACUGAUACAUUUAAGAAUGAAAUUCUUACCAUUGUAUUGCCCUUUCAUUUACAGGGUGUGACUGAUGCUCUCCUAUAGUCUGUCAAUAAAUUUAAUCCUGUGCUCAGUGUA